UAGCUGGGAUGUGACAACUGCAAGAAGGAAAGCCGAGGCAAUCAGCAGGACGCUUCAUGCAAGCUCUGUUACAGGGUAUGGCAGAAAAAAAAGCCACGGGAUGCGUUACCCCGACUUUUGCCUGUCACCCAUCCCUCGCCACUUCUCUGUGGAGCAUCCUUCCCCCGAGCACAGCAGGAUCAGAGAAGGGUGUAAGCAAAGGAGGAGUGGCAGGGAAGGGGCAGCGCCCGGCGGCUCCCGGAGCGAGCAGCGAGGGGCGCAUCCCGCCGUGCCCCCGCCCGGCGUGGGCGGGCUCGGCCGCGGUGCGCGCAGGGCUCGGCGGCGGCCGCGCCGCGGGAGCUGCUCCGACCGCACCAGGGGCUACAAGAACUUCUGAAAGAACUUGUGACAAUGUGCUGCAGUCUCAGAACCCUUUUUCUAUUGCUGCUCUAUAGGUCAAUGCAAAUUCCCGAAGCUGAAGGAAAAAGUGAAAUUCUACCUCCAACAAUACAGAAAAUAAUAAAGGGGUACAACAAGUAUCUACGUCCAUUUUUUGAUAAUGGUCCUGUGUCAAUUGGAAUGAGCAUGGAUAUUGCAAGCAUUGAUACAAUAUCAGAAAUAAAUAUGGACUACACAGCUACCAUAUUUCUAAGGCAGCGAUGGACGGAUGAGAGACUUUGCUUCGAUGGUAAUAAGAGUUUGAGCUUGGAUGGUCGGCUCGUGGAAAUGCUGUGGGUACCAGACACCUUUAUAGUUGAUUCAAAAAGGUCUUUUCUUCAUGAUGUCACUGUUGAGAAUCGUCUGAUAAGGAUAUACCCUAAUGGAACAGUCUUGUAUGCUAUCAGGAUCACCACAACUGUUUCAUGCAGCAUGGAUCUGACUAAAUAUCCAAUGGAUAAGCAGACAUGUACUUUGCAACUGGAGAGCUGGGGUUAUAACAUCAAUGAUGUCACAUUUUACUGGACCAGAGGAAAUGAUUCAGUUCGAGGUCUGGACACACUCCAGCUGGCACAGUACACUGUAGAAGACCACUUUACCUCUGUAACUGAAGCUGUGUAUGAGACAGGACGUUACCCAAAACUUGUGUUUCACUUUGAACUCAAGAGAAACAUCUUGUAUUUCAUAUUAGAGACGUAUGUGCCAUCGAUCCUUCUGGUGGUGCUCUCCUGGGUCUCGUUUUGGAUAAGCCAGUCGUCGGUUCCAGCCAGGAUCUGCAUAGGUGUCACCACAGUUCUUACAAUGACAACACUGAUGAUGGGAGCCAGGACUUCACUGCCAAAUGCUAAUUGCUUUAUUAAGGCAAUUGAUGUGUACCUUGGUAUCUGCUUCAGCUUCAUCUUUGGAGCACUGUUAGAGUAUGCUGUGACUCAUUUCUGCACUCUGCACCAACUCAGCUCAAAGGAACUUCCAAAGAUUAUUGAUGAUGAUGAGGAGGAGGAAGAGAAGAACGGAGCCCUGGCAGCAGUGACAAACAGCUGCAGUGCCCCUGACAAUACGAACCAGACCGAUUCAAACAAAAGCAAACAAACCAGCACUGACAGAAAAAGGGAGAGAAGUCAACACAGGGUGUGCAGCUCAGCAAUGUCGGUAUUGAAAAGACUUUUCUGUAUCUUUGAUUGCUUCCAUGUUAAAAAUCCUUACCACAUAGACAACUACGCCAGAUUCUCUUUCCCGUUAUCAUUCAUCAUAAUUAAUGUACUUUAUUGGGUAUAUUAUUUGUAUUUCUAAAUAUUUUGUUUUGUAAUAUUAAUUUAAAGUUAGAAAGUGGAUAUGGGAAGGGAAAUUGUGGAAAAAAGGAGAAGCUACAUUUGGAUCAAGGGGUAUAAAAGGACUUGCCACCUUUUCAAGUGUGUCUGAAAAUUUUGUUAACUCACUUUUCUCCUUUUAAAUGUCUGUCAUCCAAAACUGGCUUUGUAUCAGCAUGCAUGUCCCAUAUGACACUACUUAUCAAAGGCCAGUAAGACCUUUUUUAAUAUUUAAUGCUCAACUUUGUAAAAUAAGAGUUAUACUUGUUUCUGAACUCCAUUGAAUAAAUGUAAAAAUAAAAUGAAAUGUUGCUUUCCUUUUC